AUGGCGACCGCCAACCCAGACCCGCCUCAAGAGGCGCCAUCCACAACCACAGCCCAAGACAACAACCCCUCCUCCGCGACGAGCAUACCAGCAGCAGCCGCCGACCCAGACAGGAUGGACGAGGACACCCCCGAGGUGCCGCCGCAGCAAAGUCAGGCCCGGGAGCGAGAAGAAGAAGAGGAAGGGGGAGAAGGGGCGGCGUCGCCGCCCCUGCCGACGCGCCACACGGCCGUGACGCCGGGCCCCCGCGCCGCCCGCCUCCAGGAGCUCUACGCCUCGACGCUGUCGCGCACCCUCGCGCGCGUGAGCUGGGACAACUUUGCGGCGUGCUACCCGACGGCGGCGGCCCACGCGCCGCAGGCGCUGGGCCGGGUGCAGAGGCAGGUCGUCGAGGGGCUGGCCGAGAGGUGUAAUAGGGAGUUUGAAGCCAUCAUGACGAACCGCAAUGUCGUCCCCAAGCUCAACGAGCUCGAGUCGCUCAUCAGCGACGCCUCGAGGCGGCGCGACGAGAAGGGCGCGCUGGCCGAGGCGCCUGUGCCCCCGCACCUCCUCCCCGCAGACCAGAUCCUGGCGGCGCACAUGGCCCCGCACCUGGCCUCGCAGCAGUCGCAGCUCAACGCCCGGCUGCAGAACGUGCAGGCCGACAACGCCCGCCUGUUCGACGAGGUGGCGGCGCAGCGGGCCGAGAUCCUGUCGCUGCUGGCGGCGCUCGAGGGCGCGCUGCGCGACGUCGACGGCGCGUCGGACCUGCUGGGCGGGGUCGUCGGGGACCUGGCCCGGGAGACGAGGGAGGUCGAGCUCGAGAUCAUGGCGGCGGCGCCGUCGUCGUCGUCGGCGGGCUCGUGA